GUAGUUUGAUUAUUCCUACUUCUAGAGAUCCGUUGACGAAGAAAACGCCGAAGCGGACUUCUUCCACGCGCUAUCCACCACACUCCCUUCGUUAUAAAAUCUCCAUUAAUCGUUCGGACAAGGAAACCAAACAGUCUCCGCGACAUUCCACAUCAAGAAGAAGACGAAGAUGCACGAUUUCUGCUUCACUAUCCCGUACGGGAUGCUCCUGAUGGUCGGGGGAUCCAUGGGUUAUUUCAAGAAAGGAAGCAUUGCAUCUCUCGCUGGAGGUGCAGGCACUGGAUUCCUCGUCCUCCUCGCUGGUUUCAUCACCCUUAAGGCUUUCGAGAAGAAGAAGAAGUCUCCUCUUUUCGCUGUCGUUCUUCAGACAGUCAUUGCUUCUGGUCUCACAUUCGUCAUGGGACAACGGUACUUGAAAACUCAAAAGAUCAUGCCGGCUGGUUUGGUUUCUGGGAUCAGUGGUCUCAUGACCUGUUUCUACCUGUACAAGAUUGCAACUGGCGGCAACCACAUACCAAGAACAACCAAAGCUGAAUGAUGAUGCUCACGCACUCUGUUUUUUUUUCUUAUAUGGUUAUCCUCCAUUGUUGAGAUCAAGUAUAUGAAUUUGUCGAUUUAAUACACUAUGUAUGUAGACAAUUCUGUUGUGCUUACAUAUUAGUAAAAGUUUGUUUAUCUUGGUCCUAAGGUGAACAUGUUUUGUUUUCUGCAUCUGAGAUUAUAGUUCCUAAUGUAACCAUGAAUAGCUUUUAAUAGAUGUACUUUUCUUGGUUUAUAUAUGAUUUACACUUCAUUUGAGGAGGACAAAAACUAUGAUAUGUAAUAGCAAACUAGUCCUCAGAAGAUACUAAAGCAAGG